AACAGGUAGCAAUGUUUAUUUCUGUAACUCCGACGGUAUAAAAGAACAUGAUAAUCUCGCUAGUGAAGAAGCAAGAAGACUUGCGAAAUCGAAAGCGUCGGCGACCACGAUGAAGACACCAGCCUACAUCUUCCUCUGCGUCCUGCCCGUGAUAGCGGCUUCAGCAGCCACAGACUCGAAUGCGGAAGUAUUUACUACAGCGUCCAUCUCCCUGGAGACGCAGCUUGCGGACGUGCAAGGCGAACUCCACGACAUGAAGACCCAGCUCCGCCAGCUGCAGGAGAGGAGCGUACUGGCAUGUGACUCGGGGUCCGUGGAGAUCCCGGCGGGAACUUCGAACCUGAAUUCCGGAUCCGGUCUCCGCUACAUGGAGAUACCGGCCUACUUCGCCCGCUCCUUCAGCAGCACACCGACAGUGACCGUCGGCCUGACCCACCUGGACCACAACCCCGGCACCAACACACGCAUCGACGUGGCCGCGGUGUCCGUGCGCACCAACGGCAUGACCAUCCGCAUAGAGACCUGGGCCACGUCGCACGUGGUGAAGGCACGCGCCAGCUGGAUGGCUUGCGCCUGAACAACAAGCUAAUAAGACUACGGUCGUUCAAAGCUUGUUGGUCCCCACCAAACGGCUCAAUU